AUAACUGUUUUUACAUUUGCCGAGAGCGAUCCAUCAAUAUUCAUGUUGCUACUUUAGUACAUCAUCUCGAAUAAUUAGUUAUAUUACUGUUGUCAUUUAUAAGAGCAUCUUAUAACGUUUAUAUGAAUAAACCGCCCACUAUACUAGUGAAGUGUUGACCUGGUCAUUGAAAGAUUGACAAUUGGAGUGCAUAUCUAGAAAGCUUAAAAUAACAAAAAUGUGGCACUACUUGUUCACUGGACUACUUUCACUGUGUGUGGGUGUACGUGGGUAUAGUUCAGGCGCGCCUGGUGGCCAGUGUGAUCAGAUGGUACCCGGGCACCGUGUGGCAGCGCAAAGUGUCGCCUCUCCAUAUACCAUACUUUUGUCGGCUGAACAGUACACAUGCCCAAAUGACGAAAUAAUAGUGACAGUUAAUGGAUCAAGUUCAUUUAAAGGAUUUCUGUGUGAAGCAAGAUCGAAUCCAAACGCGUACAACACAGUCGGCUCUCUCGUGGCUUCUGGAAGUGUUUCUACAAAGAACAAAUGUGGCACAAAUGCAGCACUAACGCACACGGAGGGCAGCAUUAAAGAGACGCUGUCGUUUGUCUGGAAGUCGUCUGCAGCAACAGAAAAUGUUUACAUUGUAUGUACCAUCGUAAAGGACAAGAAUACAUUCUGGGUCAAAGAAACUUCAAACAUGAUCGCAUACCAGGCCGGAGGUCAAUGUGGCGGUUCAGGGUCAGGCAGCGGUACCGGGACGGGAUCAGAUGGCGACGCUGGGACGGGAUCAGGUGGCGACACUGGGACUGGAUCAGAAACCGGAUCCGGUUCAGAUACUGGGUCAGGGACCGAUUCGGGUUCAGAAUCUGCUUCGUCAAGUUCCAAAAAAUGGCUUUAUAUAGUCUACAGUAUAUUUCUUGUCUACAAGUUGACAACAAGAGAUUCAUAAAUGAUUAAGUGAACUUAAAAUUGUUGGUUAUUAUAGACAACUAGCUGUAUCUUCACAUGUACUUGCAGCAAAGAAUUGUGUUUUGUUCUUAUUAAUAAUAUUUAAAGAUUUUUACAUUUCGACAAUA